CAGCAAAGAAAAUGCCAAGAUUUAACUGAAAUUGUGCUAAAUCGUCUCGAUUAUCUGCAGAAUCCAGCUAAUUGCUCCACAGCUAAAAAACUGAUUUGUGAUGUUUGGGGCGCAGGCAUGGGUUCAGUGGUUCAUCACUGGGUCUGCUGCUUAAUCUAUGCAUAUUAUACUAAUCGUACGAUGUUUAUUGACCUAAGACAGUGGCCUUAUUUGCAAGGCGUUACAUCGAAGGAUGGUGUAAAACAAUUUGAAGACUUAUUUCAAAGUAUUUCCAAAUGCAAGCUUACCGAUUAUGAUAACAAAACAGCAGUAACAUGGCCGAAAUCGAAAAGCCAAAUAACUUAUAACCAUAAUAUAUCUGUUAUUCGAAUACUGCCGAUAGGAAUAGUAUUACGAGAUAAAUUAAAAUUACCCAAAAUUUUUCAUUUUGCAUUGCCUACAAAACUCUUUUAUAGGACGAUCGACUUUAAAUAUCAGCCAAUAGCUUGGUGGAUUGGUCUAUUAGCCAAACAUAUUAUACGACCAAACCAUAAUUUACAACAAUUUAUUGAUCAAUCGAGAAAGAAAUUCAAAUUUCAAUCACCUAUAGUUGGUCUACAUAUCAGGCGUACGGACAAAAGAACUGAAGCCAAACUCUUUAAUAUUGAUCAGUAUAUGGUAAAAGUGAAGGCAUUCUUUAAUCGGUUAGCUAAGCAAAGUAUCCAAAUCGAAAAGCGGGUAUUUGUAAUUACCGAUGAACCAUGGCUUAUUAAUCAAUUAAUUAAAAAGUAUCCCGAUUAUCAUUAUGUUCAUCCUCCAAUAAAACAAUUAACGGCUGGUACAUUUACUUCAAGAUACUCGGCAAUCCACUUAAAAUAUUUUAUUCGAGAUUUAUUUCUCUUAGCUGAAUGCGAUUACUUGGUAGUCACUAUGUCAUCUAAUGUUGGUAGACUAGCAUACGAAUUACAUGAAGUUAUUUAUAGCCAAACAAAAAGCAAGCAUUAUACCUCUCUCGACGAUGAUUAUUUCAUACAGGGACUGUAUAGGAACCUUCAAGCCCCCCAAAUUAUGCGAGCUAAUCAAGAUUGUCGUAGUAAUAUAUCGAAUGGAAUUAGUAUCGUUAAAGGCGAUCUAUUAGAUUCCUGUAUAUCUUCUAACCAUUCGAAAACCAUGUACUAUGGCUAUUCUAAACGUUUAAAAAAAUCAGGAUAUUUCCUUCGAUCUUGUGUAACUUACUUAGUCGAUAACGAGGUGUAUCCAGAUUAUAGUGAAGUAGAUAAAACACUACAUAGGGAUGAAACAGAUAGAUAUCAAGCAAAUAGUGAGGAUAAUACUUGUACAAAAUCUUCGAUAAUAGAUAGAAUUUAUUAA